CGCGCUGCGCUCCCCCUCCCGGCUGGACUGGAGCGGUGGCGGCUGCGAUGCUGCCGAGCGGAGCGAAGAUGGCGGCGGCCGAGGGCGGCUCGGGCUCCCGGUGCCCGCUGCUCUGAGGGGGGUUGGGCAGCGCGGCUGCGGAGCAGGGGGAAGGGCCCCGGCUCCUGCCUUUACCCGAGCGAGGCGGCGGCGCGGAGCUGUGGAGUGGAAUGCCAUGGCCAGUUCCUCAGACAGUGAAGAUGACAGUUUCAUGGCUGUGGACACAGAAGAAGCAGUGGUGGAAGGACCAAUGGAGCAAGACGAUGAGCCACAUGCUGAGCUGGAGGUUGAGGAGACCAGGCAUAACCGAUCGAUGUUGGAACUGCCAGAAGAGGUUUUAGAAUACAUCCUGUCCUUCCUCUCACCAUACCAGGAGCACAAAACCGCUGCCCUUGUCUGCAAACAGUGGUAUCGCCUCAUCAAAGGUGUGGCACAUCAGUGUUAUCAUGGCUUUAUCAAGGCGGUCCAAGAAGGAAAUAUUCAGUGGGAGAGUCGCACGUAUCCCUAUCCUGGAACCCCAAUCACACAGCGCUUCUCACAUAGUGCAUGUUACUAUGAUGCUAAUCAGUCAAUGUAUGUGUUUGGUGGCUGCACCCAGAGCAGUUGCAAUGCUGCAUUCAAUGACCUCUGGAGACUUGACCUCAACAGCAAAGAGUGGAUCCGGCCUCUGGCAUCAGGUUCUUAUCCGUCACCUAAGGCUGGGGCCACUUUAGUGGUGUAUAAGGACUUGCUUGUGCUGUUUGGUGGGUGGACGCGGCCAAGCCCCUACCCUCUGCACCAGCCGGAGAGGUUCUUUGAUGAAAUACAUACCUACUCGCCUUCCAAAAAUUGGUGGAACUGCAUAGUGACAACGCACGGCCCCCCUCCCAUGGCAGGCCAUUCCUCUUGUGUAAUAGACGACAAAAUGAUUGUCUUCGGAGGUUCCCUAGGAUCUCGGCAAAUGAGUAAUGAUGUCUGGGUUCUAGAUCUCGAGCAGUGGGCUUGGUCCAAGCCAAAUAUCUCUGGGCCAACCCCUCACCCGCGUGGUGGCCAAUCUCAGAUCAUAAUAGAUGAUGAAACCAUUUUAAUCCUUGGUGGUUGUGGUGGUCCAAAUGCACUGUUUAAGGAUGCCUGGUUACUGCACAUGCGCACCAGCCCCUGGACAUGGCAGCCAUUGAAAGUGGAAAACGAAGACCAUGGAGCCCCUGAACUAUGGUGUCAUCCCGCGUGCAGGGUGGGACAGUGUGUUGUGGUCUUCAGCCAGGCUCCCAGUGGGAGAGCUCCACUCAGCCCCAGCUUGAACUCUCGCCCGUCUCCUAUCAGUGCCACGCCGCCAGCCCUGGUUCCUGAAACACGGGAAUACCGCUCUCAGUCUCCAGUCAGGAACGCCGACGAAGCUCCUUGUGUGAAUGGCCGCUGGGGCACCCUGAGACCCAGAGCACAAAGACAGACACCGUCAGGCUCCCGGGAAGGGAGCCUGUCCCCAUCCAGAGGAGAUGGGUCACCUGUACUGAACGGCGGGAGUUUAUCCCCUGGAGCCGCAGCAGCGGGAGGUGCCUCAUUGGACAGUCCUGUACUGGCCAUAUCGCCCAGCACGCCUUCUGCUGCUGAAGGAUAUGACCUGAAAAUUGGACUUUCCCUGGCGCCGAGACGAGGAUCGCUACCAGAUCAGAAAGAUCUACGCUUAGGGUCUGUAGAUUUGAAUUGGGAUCAGAAAUCAGGUUCCGUUAGCUGUCAAAUGGAUGCUGUGGACAAUAGGACAGUUGGUGGAAGCAUGAGAAAUCCCCCAGAGCAGACCAAUGGAAUCCAUACCCCACCUCAUGUCACUAGCUCCCUUCCAGGGGCAGUGUCGCCAGGUGCACUCCGCAGAAGCCUGGAGGCUGUCAAGGCCCUGUCUUCCAAAGGGGCAUCUGGUUCAGCAACAUUAAGUCCUCCUUUGGUGUCUUCACCAGGAUCUCCUGGUAGCCAGAGUGGGAGCAGUGCCGAGGUGGCACCAGCACCACGCCCAGGCUCUGCCCAAGGGGACGGCCACUCCUUACCUCCGAUCGCCCGUCGCUUGGGCCACCAUCCACCGCAGUCUCUGAAUGUCGGCAAGCCUUUGUAUCAAAGCAUGAACUGCAAACCCAUGCAGAUGUAUGUGCUAGACAUUAAAGACACCAAGGAGAAAGGGCAAGUCAAAUGGAAAAUGUUUAAUAGCAGUUCCGUGGUGGGGCCACCAGAGACCAGCCUACACACCGUAGUGCAAGGCAGGGGGGAACUGAUCAUAUUCGGUGGCCUCAUGGACAAGAAACAGAACGUGAAGUACUAUCCCAAAACAAAUGCCUUGUACUUUGUGCGAGCAAAAAGAUAAUGAGGCAAAAGCUGGUCGACCCCUGCCCUUCCUCCCCCACCCCCUUUCCGUGGCUUUCUUUUUUUAACCCUUCCUCUGUCACGCAGGCAUUUAAACUGUGAACUAGGGAACGACAAACCAAUAAAAUCCAAACACAAUUGCAGCGCUGCCCUCCAGUUUCCAGUCUAUGAUCCUGGCUCUGGGCUUGGGUCAGAAAGUCCUAUUUUAAAAAAAAAAAAAGAGAGAGAGAGAGAAAUUCUGUUUACAAAUGGGGAGAAAUCUCCAUUCCAAUGGGAUGAAUUGUUGCUGUGUUCUAGCAGGAGCUUCACUGCGCCUUAUUUUUUUGCUGGUAACUAGACCAAGAAUUUGGGGUAAGUGGGUGGGAAAACUUCUAGGAUCCAAUAACUUUAGAAUUUUUCAGGAGUAUAGAGGGACCCUCAUCUCUCACUCUAUAAUUGCAGUCCCCAUAGGGAUGCUGAUAAGAAAGGUCUUGGAAGAACAUAUUGAAUACCUGCAGGCAGGAGGCUGUAUGCUUGUAUGCACUGAUAAAUACCCAUGCUUAUCUGUUGAAUGUGGCUGCAGAAGGAAAAUAGCAUUUUUUUUACAUCUUCCAGUAUUGCAGCCAUUACUGUAAAUCCUUAAUCAGCAAAAUGACACAGAUGCCUUUUUUCCUAAACGCUUUGGCCUGAUAGUACCAUUCUUGCCCUAUACAAUGGGAGAGUUGGAAGGGAGAAAGGACAGUUUGGCAUUGAAAUGCCAGGAUCAUCCAGACUUCAGUCAUUUAUACAGCCCACUUUAGUGUCCCACCGAGUAAAGUCCUGCACUAGAUCAAACCAACAGCUGGGAUUGAUGACUUUGGAACCCCUGACAGUUGAGUUGCAAGCUGCCAGAAUAGCGCAUACAUCAUUGACAUUUGAAAAUACUCAGUAAUGGAAGUUACAAUUUUAGACUGAUUUGUACAUGCAUGGUUAGGCUGUUCAUGAGAAGCAGUGGCUAUGUGCAUCCUUAAGGCUUGACUUCUAAGUUUUCCCCCCUAAGAUUUUGUUCUGGAUCCUUUUGUUAUCUUAAGAGUGCUCCACUCUGUACUUGUAUAUAUGCAGACAACUGCCCUGGGAGCACUGGGAUGUCUUAGGUCAUCUUUGCUUAUCAAACAGAGAGAACAUGCUCAAAGUACUUAAGCACAUGCUGAAGUCCUGUUGACAUUAAGCAUUUACUUAAGUGCGUUGCUAAACUGUAGCCACACAUCCUAUUGGAUUCUUUCAUAGCUUGUUUGAGCUAGUAAUUUAUGCAGUUACUACAGUUCAGAUUCCCUGGUUCAUGUUUACAUUAAAGUUAUCCUGCUGGAUAAUGCAUCAGAAAAUAACAUUAAUCCAAAGUAACAUUACAAUUAUAAUAUCAACCAACCAAAGCAAGGGAAAUUCAGCUAUAAAGCUGCUGCUCCAUCCUUUACUGAUUACAUUUUAUCAGUUUGCUAUUCCUUUAGUCUUACUCCAGAGUGCUUUGUAUUCAAUAACUUUGAACUUUUUAUAGCUUUGAGUGUACAAGAUAUUUUGGCAAUCACUGAAAUGGCAAAUUUUAGUCUGGAAGGGAUUUUUUUUCAGCCAAGUUACAAAUACCUGCAAAGUAGGGUUUGAAGUGGAACGCUGGCCCAGCAUUAACAGCCUCCAUGGUAAUCGCUGAUGCUGAGAAUUCACUUACCUAAAUCAACAAAGACUUCAAAAGGCAUCAAAAUGGAUUUGAACUGAGGUACACUUCUGGAUGAAUUCUCUUUCCUUCCCUCUGCAGCUUGGAAGAAUUACAAUAGAGACCGGCUGAUCCACAGAGGGGCACCAGUUUGCCAUAGGUUCAGGGGCGGCUCUAAGUAUUUUGCUGCCCCAAGCAUGGCAGUCAGGCGGCUUUCUGCGGCACGCCUGUGGGAGGUCCGCUGGUAACGUGGAUUCAGCGGCAUGGCUGUGGGAGGUCUGCUGGUCCUGCGCCUUUGGCCUACCUGCUGCCGAAACCGCAGGACCGGCAGACCUCCCACCCGCAUGCUGCUGAAGGCAGCUGACUUCCGCCCUCACGGCGACUGGCAGGCCGCCCCCCGCAGCUUGCCGCCGCCCCAGGCACGUGCUUGGUGCGCUGGUGCCUGGAGCCACCCCUGCCUAGGUUUAACUUUCACUAGUCUGUGAUCCUGGCUGCUUCUGAAGACUGCAAUUUUCAUGUGACAUUGUGGGUUGUUAAAUCUGUUGGCCUCUGUUCUCCAAUAGGCUGCACUCACACAGAGUCCUGUUGUAGUCGCUGGGGCGCCACACAGUGCAGGAUUCAAGGUUUGUUGUUUUUACAUCUAGUUCUAAAGCAAAAACGACUUGUUGCUAACACCAGUAAAAGUUCAGCAGGUUUAGAAAGUUGGCAAUGCUGGUUUUUAAAAAAAAAAAAAAAAAGGGCGGGGGGGGGGCUGACAAGCAAGGCUGCACAGUGUCUCAUUAGACAAUAAUGAACUAGCAAAUACCCUUUGAAGCCAAUACCCAGACCUGCCUGAAAGCGAUCUGCCCCAGCGGUACACCACACUGUGGUGUUAAUACUGUCCCUAAGCACAAAGCUUAGCUUUCCCCUAUCUCACUGUAUAUCAAGAGUCUCCAGCUUUGCCUUGGCCAGAGAUGGUGAGAGCUGUUCCAGGUGCAUUGUAGGGCUGCUCAAAGAGAGGAGCAUUUAGUUUACGACUGAGCACACACAGUCCUGCAGCGGUGUUUGAGCGCUGAGAAAACGUUCAGAAACUGCCUGCAUUCCUUGAUCAGACUAAUCACAAAAUAAAUCUUAAUACGUAUGUGGCUUAAAAGGAGGAAAUCCUUUGCUAAUCACAGUGAAACCUGCCCAGUGGGCAGAUCUGCGAUAGUUGUCAGUGCAUUUGGAUGUACCAUGAAGUGGCUCCUUUAAGAUUUCCAAUAUGAUUUUGUUUGGACUUUUAACUGUCUCCACUGGGUCACUGAGUUUUGCUGGACCUUUGGUGGGCACUUAAGAUAGUUUUCUAAAUCUAGAAUCACAAGCCUUUUUAAAGGAAAACCCCUUCUCUAACGCCAGUAUUCUUUCCCAGUGUCCCCAGUGAGAAGGUAUUUGCUUGUUCAACAAGCCCCAAAUGGUUUCUUUGAACCUGAUGGUUAAAGAUGAAAGAAACCCAACCACAGCCUUAUAUUUAUUUCCAGGCCUCCAGUAAAACCUGCCUCCUUUUGACUGAAAGCCACUAAAGGUACCUCUUUGUACGCUGCUUUUUUAGCCCACAGACUGCUUCAAUUUCUGUGCUCAUCUUGAAUGCAAAGAUCAGUUUGGUAAAAUGCAAAGGUGGUGGUGGGGUGGCUUGAAAUCCUUUUACAGGAAGAAACAAAUUCAAUCACUGUUGGUUUGUUAAUGCUGGACUGAGUUUCAUAAAAGCCUGGUCUAUCUCCCAGAUCCUCCAGUGUCACUUGAACCUUGAAAACAUUGAUGUGAGGGUGUGGGCACCUUUAAAUGCUGUUCUCUAGAACCUUUAAGUCCAGCUCUGAUUAUAUUUAACGUGUAAGCCGGUUUUGUCUUAAUUAAACGAGACAUCCCCUCCCCCGCAGUAUCUUUAUCAAUAUUUAAAACAUUCUUCUUGAAGCUGUAACCCCUUCCAUGGCUGCAGAGGUGCCUUUCAUGAUGAUGGCAUUGGGUUGGCUGCUGCUGCUUAACGUAGCAAAGGUUGGUAGCCAGUGCUGGAUUAUUCUUUUUUCCCCCUCCUCUGCCCCAGCUUGAUCAGAACUCCAGUGGGAUUUCCCUAUAUAGGAUGAGAUUGACGUGUUUCAUUUGCACGUCUGUCUUUCACCCAGGGUGGUUUGAGAGCAAAAACUGAAAGUUUUAAAAAACCAACGGCUAGUGAAUUGACACUGAGGUCUGUCACUCUGGGGUUUAUACCCUUCCCCCCCCCCACACGUCAUGCCCCAGCCCUCAAGUGCUUGAAGUUCACUGCACAAGAUAAAACUGUACAAAGUGACAUAGGAAGUGGUCUGGGUAAUUCUAUAGGCAAUGAUCAUAAUAGCUUCAUACCGGGUUGCAAGCCACAUGGAAACCGUAAGGGGGUCUUCCCAGUCUUGCUUGUGGCAUUUCCCAAUUCAUAUUUCCAUCUGUUCUAGUCCGUGUGGUGAUCCUGGCAUGAUGAUGUUUCACUGCUUUGCUUCAUUUGUGGCCUCUUUACCAACACAUUCAUGUUCUGCUAAGUCAGCAGACUGGAGUGGAAGGACCCAGGAACAGAGAAAUCAGCCCCUUUGCCUUUCUCUCCUCUGCCCUGUGUGUGUUGCAGAAGGCAUGUUCUGCAUGGUUUCAACAUGGCUCCCAAAGUGGUCUCUCUGAGUGACAGAAACGUGGGUCUUUAUAUCCUCCCCCAUCCUGUCCCCAAACGAACAGGUUUCAUGUCAUGCGCACAACGUGUGAUCAGUGUAGCUGGUGCUGUGACUCAGGCGUGCAGGAUGACUUUGUCAUUUUAGGCUCAUCCAAGUGUAGGAAUGAAAAUGGAUUUCAUUGAUAUUUAACUCUGUGUAAAUUUCAUUUUUGUUAAUGUUUUUCACCCCACGAAUUUUUAGCAAUUUAACAAAUAAAUAAUGAUAAAAAG